UCAUUUUAUGUAAAAAGAAAAAAAAAGAAAAAAAAAAAGAUGUUAUUGAAAUACCAAGUAGAAACCCAAAUCCAAACAGAAAUGGAAACGAAUUCAAAAUAGGUCCCUACCAUUCAAAAAGAUGUUAAUGGGUUUUGCCUUUUGAGCCAACGGAAUCCAGAACUUCUAGAGAGAGAGAGAGAGAGAGAAGGAAUCAGCAGGACGUCGCACACCAUGGAAGAAUCAGGUGGAGCGCAAUCUGAAGAGAACAGAGUUUCUUUGGAGAAGGAUAAGAAAAGAAGGCUCAAGACACCUGCCCAGGUUAUGGCUCUGGAGAAGUUUUACAAUGAGCAUAAAUACCCUACAGAAGAUAUGAAGUGCCAACUUGCUGAGCGGAUAGGGUUGACAGAAAAGCAAAUAUCUGGAUGGUUUUGCCACAGAAGAUUAAAAGACAAAAGAUUGUUGAGAGAUGAAGCUUGUGCUAGUGGACGGCAAGAUCAUUCAAGUGGUGUUAUUCAGGAUCGUGGCAGUGGGCUUGGACAGGAUUCAUGUGGAAGCACGAAACAUGGGGAUUAUAGGAAUAUUGAUCCAAGGGAAGUUGAAAGUCGAAGGCUCUAUCGCAAUGAUGUUCAGGCCGCAGGCCUCACCUAUGAGCAUAGGACUCACCAUACAGAAACUGUUAAUGACACUGAUAAAACAUCUUCAGAAAGUAGCUCAUCUUCGCAAGACAGGUUGUUUUCCCAAACUGAGGAUCCAUAUGAUAUGGAAAAUUCUAGAUACAUAACAACUAAUGGAGUUAUUGCGCCGAUAAAUGCUAACAGUGCAAAACUCAUGGGAUAUAAGCCAUCAGGAUACUUGAAAGUGAAGGGUGAACUUGAAAAUGCUGCUAUUACUGCUGUUAAGAGGCAACUGGGGAGGCAUUAUCGAGAGGAUGGUCCACCACUUGGUGUGGAAUUUCAGCCACUUCCUCCUGGUGCAUUUGAGUCCCCAACUAGGAAUCCAAUCGAUGAACCAUACUUUGCUGGGAAUUCUUCUCUUCCCCAUUCUCCAGACAUCUCUGGAGUGGAAAGGCAACCCAGUCUCAGCAAUAGAUAUGAGGUGUACAAUUCCAAGGUGAGUUCACAGGAUUUAUGUAUGGAAGGGGCAAUCUGUAGCAGUAUGCAUGGGUCUGAUUAUCAGGAUAAGUUGUCUCAUUACCAAUUAGAACAGAAGUCAACUGUUCUGAACCAUAUCAAACCUUUUGGUAAGAGGAACUCUUCUUCAGAUCCGUAUGAAGAUUCUGCUGGAGAAACCUCUGUUUACAAUAGCAAGAGGAAUCAAAGAAUGGGAUCUAAGCAUGGUGUUGAAGGGAUGAGGAUUGAUUCUGUAACCAGCCAUCAUGGUCGCUGCGAUGGGAAAAUUGAAAGCAAGUUGCACGAGUAUGAUAAUGUCAGUCCCAACAUCGUCCAAAGGAGUGAAUUAUUUAAAUCUCAGCCCUCUAAUUUGAUAUGUAAUCUCUAUGGGUCUCUUGAUACAGAAGAGAGAGGGCUAUCUACAAGGAUGAAAAAGGUGGGGAAAGUUACUGGAAAAUGGAAGGGUAUAAAAGAAUGCGGUAACCAAGUUAAAUUAAAGAUGCAUCCAGUAAAUGAAAUGACAUGUUUUGCCUUGCUAUUUAUUCCCCCUUUAACAUUGAAGGUUGCAAAACAAGGAAGACCUAAUCUUCCUCGGCAAGACUAUGUGACAAAAGCAACAUUCACUGAAAUGCCGACAUGGAAAUAUCAGAGCAAAAGAUCUGUCAUGGAAAUGCCAUCUAGCUUUAGUGAGGAUGAAACUGCAGAAACCAGCUCCUCGCUGGAAUUAGGAGCCAGUAGUUGAUGGAUGGCAGAGAGCUUUAGGGUUCUCAAAGCUAAGGGCAUGUACAGUUCAAUGGAGAAUCACUUUCCCUUUGUUCCAUGGGAAGCAACAUGUAACAUUAUUGUCAUCAGCAUCAAAAUUCCGGUCAAUUCUGGCUACCAAUUUCUUUUACAUUUGCCGUGCUCACCUGUUUAUAUAUGUAGAAAGAAUUGCCUUUUAAUUUAAUUUUUACAUUAUUGUCAUCUGCCUGAAUCCGCUAACGAUCAAGGUGUGAAAAACAAAGAUCAAAUAUAUAUCUGUUUUUUUUUUUUGUUAAAAUGAGGCAGCGUUUUCUGCCUCUGGAUUUGGCUUGCUUUGAUUUAUUCAUUAGAAGAUUCAGCCUUUCUAAUUCUGCUCUUCUUUUCUCCUUCCCCCC